GAACCCAUUCCCAUCUCUGCGUUUUAAUCCCGCCGGAAAAAACCAAUGCUCCGAGACUCUUUACCGUCCGCGCCACCGAAACUCAGAUAUCGAAGCGGGACGGGUAAGAAAGCAGAAGUGAGAAAAUCGAAGAAAGGGUCAAGUGGGUCUCCGUCAAAAGGCUCGGGAAUGUAUUUGCCGCCGGUAAGCUUAAAAGAGGCGGUUUCAGGUGGUUUGAAAGUGGAAUUAGGGUUUAGCCCGUACAGUGAAAGGAUCAACGGGAGGAUUGCGGGAUUAGGGCUCAUGGCUUUGCUUCUAGUUGAGCUUGCGACGGGUAAGAGUGUGUUGAAUUACCACACGCCUUCUGUGGUGUUUCUUCAGAUCUAUUUCGUUGCGGCUGUUUCUGCUAUGUUUGUCAAGAUUGAGAAGGAAAAGGUUAGUGUUUGGCCUAAGGAUUAAGAAAGACUUGAGAGAUUGUGAAUUGUUGUUGCUUUUGUGUUUGAAAUGUGUAAUGCUUUUGUUUAUGUAUGUAUGUAUUUGUAUACUCACAGAGUUCAAGAUUAUGGAUAUAAGAUUUUACCAUUAAAGAAUCUCACUUUGG